CCUGGAGUUUCUGGGGGAGAGGUCGCAGCUGAGCCACAUCUGAUCUGACCACGGAGCUGCAGAACCUGCAGGAGAUUCAUCUAAACCUCUGACUUUGUUGGGUUGUUGAAGCAUCGCCAUGGCACUUAUAAGAGGUGUAUUUAUUGUGGCAGCCAAGCGCACUCCCUUUGGUACUUAUGGUGGUGUGCUGAAGGACCACAGCGCCACAGACCUGGCUGAACAUGCAGCCAAAGCCGCCCUCGCUGCAGGCGGUGUGGCCCCAGAGCUGGUGAACAGUGUCAUCAUGGGAAACGUUAUGCAGAGCUCAGCUGAUGCCCCAUACAUCGCUCGUCACGUAGGUCUGAGGUGUGGCGUUCCCAUCCCGGUACCUGCCCUCACCGUGAACAGACUGUGCGGCUCUGGGUUCCAGGCCAUCAUCAAUGGUGCUCAUGAGAUUUGCCUGAAGGAGUCGGAGGUGGUCCUGUGUGGAGGCUCAGAGAGUAUGAGCCAGGCCCCCUACGCUGUUCGCAACGUCCGCUUUGGUACAAAGUUUGGUUUUGAUCUUAAGCUAGAGGACACUUUGUGGGCCGGUCUGACUGACUUGCACAUAAAGAUCCCGAUGGGCAUCACAGCAGAAAACCUGGCAGAGAAAUAUGAGAUCACACGGCAGGACUGCGACAACUACGCACACCAGACGCAACAGAGGUGGAAGGCAGCUCAUGAAGGUGGUCACUACACCGCUGAAAUCGCUCCCAUUGAGGUGAAGGCUAAAAAAGGAAAAGUGCCAAUGGCUCAGGAUGAACACCCUCGACCUCAGACCACGCUUGAGCAGAUGGCCAAACUGCCUCCGGUCUUUAAGAAGGGAGGGACUGUCACCGCUGCAAAUGCUUCGGGUGUCUCUGAUGGUGCCGCUGCUCUCGUGAUCGCAAGUGAAGACGCUCUUAAACAGCACAAGCUCACUCCGCUGGCCAGAAUCGUGGCUUAUCAAGUGUCCGGAUGCGACCCGAGCAUUAUGGGAAUUGGACCAGUCCCAGCCAUUACAGGAGCUCUUAAAAGAGCCGGUCUGUCUCUCAAGGACAUGGAUCUCGUGGAGGUGAACGAGGCUUUUGGUUCUCAAUACUUGGCCGUUGCCAAGGCCCUUGGUCUGGACCCAGAAAAAAGCAACGUCAAUGGUGGAGCCAUUGCCAUCGGUCAUCCUCUUGGUGCGUCUGGAGCGCGUAUCACCUCUCACCUGGUCCACGAGCUCAGGCGACGAGGAGGCAAGUAUGCCGUUGGCUCUGCCUGCAUUGGCGGAGGUCAAGGCAUUGCCAUCAUCAUCGAAAAGUGCUGACGUACAAGGCUGCCGGUUGCUGACGGGUUCCUCUAAAAGAAUGUCCUGCACUCAACGACCACUCGCAUUAAAUGAAAUAUCGUUGAUGAAUGCCACAAGGCUUUUUUCAGACAUGUAACAGUACUGUAACGGGAAAAAGAAACCUCCCUUUUGCCGUUGACUCUCUUUUGAUGUGAUUUCUAUUGGUUGAUUUAACCACCAACUAUUUAUGCCUCAGAAAGGACGAAAGAUACUUGGAGAACAUUGAGUCUAACCUGCGUUGUCUGUAAGAUGGUUAUUAUGUAUGUGCCUAAAAUACAGUCAUUGAGGUUAGCUUGUGUCACAUUAUUAUUGCAAUAAACCAUUUGCCUUAAAUGCUAUUGAUCACUCCAGUGUUGCCAGAGCAUGCACCAACCUGCACCAACUGAUUUUGUACUUCUGUGUCAAAAAAGCAAGAAUAAAUAAUAGUUUUAAAAAAUCAA